GUAGUAGCCCUUCAAGAACCACACAUCAACAUAUUGAAAAACACCAUCUCCUCACCAUAUUUUUAUGCCAUAUAUGUGACAACACGCUUCUCUGCACCCAACCUCACCUCACACACUGUCACCCUGGUAUCCAAAGCCUUCAACACAAACUCCUGGCAACAAAUCACAUUUCUGUCUCCAGAUGUAGUGGUGAUUCAAUUCAGAGGCCCCUUCAGGCGAUGCACCUUAUUUAAUAUUUAC